UCAGCGCGGCCCCGUGACAUCAGCAACCAGCGAGACGCCAUAAGGGGCAGCAGCGGGGGGCGGCGCCCUAGACGGCUCCGGCGGUGAGAGCGGGUUGAGGAGGGGAGUUGCUGGCCAGGUAGCUGUGCUGCGCGGCCUGAGCGUCUCGCUAUGACCCGUGGGAACCAGCGUGAACUUGCUCGCCAAAAGAACCUGAAGAAAACUCAGGAGAUCCACAAAGGCAAAAGGAAAGAAGAUAGCUUGUCUGCUUCUCAGAGGAAACAGAGGGACUCUGAAAUCAUGCAGCAAAAGCAAAAAGCUGCUAAUGAAAGGAAGUCUCUGCAGGCAGGAGCAAAAUGAUCUGCCACUAUGGAGAAGAUAAGAGUGCACUGAUGAAGCAGAAGGACCUAGAAGAUUGCUCGUAAAAGUGUCUGGCCAUUAAAUGAUUAAGCGUUUAUUGUGCAGAGAUGUUCAACUAGCAUUAGUUAGAGUAUUUUCUGGUUACUAUAGGCCUAGUUACUUUAGCCUACAGUGCUCUUUCAAAACUGACUACACUCUUCUGCAUGUGUAGGAAUAAAAGUACCAAGCAAUAGCUUUAUUCUAGCUUUUGCAUUUGUCAGUUUUACUUAGUGGUUCCAGUAACAGAAUUGCUGAAUCUACAGUUAGACCAGAUUUGAUUGCUUGAAUUCAUGAAGGUAGAGCUUCAUUCAGGAUGGAACACACUUGUAAAAUGUGCUUAACUUUGCAGAGGUCUGAACUGUAAAUCUCAAAAUAUUUUUACAAUAAAAUGUUGCAUGAAA